AGUCUCAAUUUUCUCAAAUAUAUUUAGCAAAAUAUUUGAAGCCUUACAAAAUUUGAUCAAUAGGUCCAAAUACAAACAAAAACACCCAUGUUCACCAAAUUCCCCUCAAUUUUUUCUUCCCAAUAACAAAAAAUGACGAUUCUCUCAACUCCACCACCUUCCAUCUUCUUCCCCAAUUCCUCAAUCCUCCAUUACAACCAUAACCAAUUCUCUUCUUUCUCUCUCCUCCCUUCUCAAAACCCACUUCUUUCUCUCUCCUCCACGCGUCCUUCUUCCAGAACCUUCUUAUCCUCCCGUUCUUCCGCUUCUUCCUCCGAUGAAGACGAUGAAUGGGGCCCAGACCCAAAGCCCAAGCCCAACCCUUCUGCCUCCGUGAACCCACCUGAGCUCAAUGUUUCCAUCACAGUUUCCGACGAAUGGGGCGAGAAAUCUGGGCCUGAGCCCAAGACUGAGUCCAGGUUCGCCGACUCUGACCCGCCCAUUCGCGAGGAUGAAGAUGAGUGGGGCCGUCUUGCAAUUGAUGGCGAAGAGAUUAAGGAGAGAGAAACUAAUGGUAGUAGUAGUAGUUGGGUGAACAAGAAUUGGGAGCUGAAGAGGUGUUUGUUGGAUUCUCUUUAUGGGUCGGAACUCGGGUUUCGGGCCUCGGCUGAGGUUCGGGCUGAGGUAUCGGAGCUUGUUAAUCAACUCGAGGCGGCGAACCCGAAUCCUAACCCGACUGAGGUUCCGGGGUUGCUUGAUGGCAAUUGGGUUUUGGUGUACACAGCCUUUUCUGAGUUGUUGCCUCUUCUUGCUGUUGGAUCUACACCGUUGCUAAAAGUUCAACAAAUAUGCCAAGCCAUUAGCACCACCAGCCAAACUGUGGAGAAUUCAACCACAUUGUCCAGUCCUUUUGCAACGUUCUCAUUUAGUGCAACAGCCAAAUUUGACAUUAGUAGUCCUUCAAGGAUACAGGUUCAAUUUAAAGAAGCCACUUUUGAGCCUCCAAAGAUUAAAUCUCAAUUUGAUCUUCCAGAGAAUAUAAAUGUGUUUGGACAAAAUAUUACCCUUUCUCCUGUGCAGCAGCUCCUGAAUCCUGUUCAGGAGGCAGCAGCAAGUAUUUCACGGUCAUUAUAUGGCCUGCCACCUCUUAAGAUUCCCAUUCCAGGUGAACGCACUUCAUCUUGGUUGCUAUUCACAUAUGUCGAUGAAGAUUUUAGGAUUUCAAGAGGAGAUGGUGGCCUCUUUGUGCUUGUCAGAGAAGGGAGUCCGCUUCUUGACUAGAAGUGCAGAUGUGCCGUUUUGGUGCAAUUGAAGAGAUAUCUUGCUGUGCUGCGUUUGAUACAUUCUGUAAAGAGCUUACUUGUUUGUAAUUGAUUUUUCUUUAAGAUGGCACAUUCCUUUCUUUAGCUUUAUCAUAGAUAAGUAGUACGAGUAAGAUAUUGAGCUCAAGACUGCUAAUUGCCUGAAGAAAUUUGUAACAGGCUAAUGAUUGUUUAUCUUGCCACAACUACACUGUUAUUUGAAUAAAGCUUUACAAGUAAUUUACAGAUUUACAUCGUUAAA